GUAUACCACUAUAGCACAAUAUUCCCUAGUCUCUAGUGCUUCCAAAAACGGUAAACUUUAGAUCCAAAACACACUACUCUCAUCCAAAAGCCCAAAACAUGGCUUCCACCAACAAUGACUCUGAUUUAGCAUAUUUGGAACACAUUCAAAAAUACCUUCUUUUUGAUGAUUCCAGCAUUCUAACAUCCCAUCAAUCUUUACCUAGCCCUAAAAGUGACAACGAUUUGGACACGAAAGUUGAGGUGCUUGGAGUAAGUGCUCCUCCAUCAUGGAAGAGAUACAAGGGUGUGAGGCGUAGGCCAUGGGGGAAGUUUGCUGCAGAGAUCAGAGAUCCAAAGAAGAAUGGCGCUAGAGUUUGGCUUGGAACUUAUCUGACUGAGGAGGAAGCAGGUUUGGCUUACGACAAAGCUGCUUUUAAGAUGCGUGGCCGAAAAGCCAAACUUAAUUUUCCCCAUCUCAUUGGCUCUGAUGAGUUGAUAUCAGAGCCAAAGCGAGAGGUUGCUCUGAAACGGGAAUCACCCGAGCCUUCUUCAUCAGAGGGAAGUUGUGAGUCAUCCUCGCCAGGGUCGAAAAGGAGGAGAGGCAUGGUCGACCUACUUAACAAAUUAGCCAAGAAUAAAAGUCAAAGUCAAGCCAUGGUGGUUGAAAUUGAAAAGGCCUCACAAACAAAUGAUGAUUUUGAGCAAUGGGUGAACGAAUUGAAUGAUUGCACUCUAAUCUGGAGCUCAUAGUGUUGUUGUGUUCAUUUUGUAUUUUCUUUUAAUUUGUGCAGUUUCCUAAUAUUUUUGCAUUACCCUCUUGAUAUAUUCAAGGGGUGGAUGUUUAAGCAAAACUCCAACAAUGUUGUUAUUUUUCCAAAAGAGCAUUGCUUUGGAUUUGAUGUUAAGUUGAAAAAAAUGCAUAUUUAAGAUGCACAAUUUCAAUUUAUCUUUUUAUAAGACAACAUUGAUAUGGGUA